UCCGUGUCCCCAGCUCCUUCAACCCCUGGUGCCCCCGGCAGUGUCCGUUUGACCCCAAGUGGCCCCACCUCCAUCACAGUGGAGUGGGAGACUCCCUCGACAGGUGGAGAUGUGGAGUAUUACGUCAUCUAUUACCAGGCUGAGAAUGAACCUACCAUGAGAGUACAAGUGAGUCCCAGUGACAUUCCCUACACCAUCAGGGACCUGCUGCCUGACACCCAGUACACCAUCUGGAUUGUGGCCUUCUCUACUGAAGGAAUGGGAGAGAGAAGCCCUGCUCUUUCUGUCAGCACACAAGAAGCUCCUGCAACCCCUGGUGCCCCCGGCAGUGUCCGUUUGACCCCAAGUGGCCCCACCUCCAUCACAGUGGAGUGGGAGACUCCCUCGACAGGUGGAGAUGUGGAGUAUUACGUCAUCUAUUACCAGGCUGAGAAUGAACCUACCAUGAGAGUACAAGUGAGUCCCAGUGACAUUCCCUACACCAUCAGGGACCUGCUGCCUGACACCCAGUACACCAUCUGGAUUGUGGCCUUCUCUACUGAAGGAAUGGGAGAGAGAAGCCCUGCUCUUACUGUCAGCACACAAGAAGCUCCUGCAACCCCUGGUGCCCCCGGCAGUGUCCGUUUGACCCCAAGUGGCCCCACCUCCAUCACAGUGGAGUGGGAGACUCCCUCAACAGGUGGAGAUGUGGAGUAUUACGUCAUCUAUUACCAGGCUGAGAAUGAACCUACCAUGAGAGUACAAGUGAGUCCCAGUGACAUCCCUACACCAUCAGGGACCUGCUGCUUGAACCCAGUAACCAUCUGGAUGUGGCUUUCUCACUUAAGGAAUGGGAGAGAGAAGCCCUGCUCUUACUCUCCUGCACCCCCUGGUGCCCCCGGCAGUGUCCGUUUGACCACAAGUGGCCCCACCUCCAUCACAGUGGAGUGGGAGACUCGCUCGACAGGUGGAGAUGUGGAGUAUUACGUCAUCUAUUACCAGGCUGAGAAUGAACCUACCAUGAGAGUACAAGUGAGUCCCAGUGACAUUCCCUACACCAUCAGGGACCUGCUGCCUGACACCCAGUACACCAUCUGGAUUGUGGCCUUCUCUACUGAAGGAAUGGGAGAGAGAAGCCCUGCUCUUACUAUCAGCACACAAGAAGAAGCUCCUUCAACCCCUGGUGCCCCCGGCAGUGUCCGUUUGACCCCAAGUGGCCCCACCUCCAUCACAGUGGAGUGGGAGACUCCCUCAACAGGUGGAGAUGUGGAGUAUUACGUCAUCUAUUACCAGGCUGAGAAUGAACCUACCAUGAGAGUACAAGUGAGUCCCAGUAACAUUCCCUACACCAUCAGGGACCUGCUGCCUGACACCCAGUACACCAUCUGGAUUGUGGCCUUCUCUACUGAAGGAAUGGGAGAGAGAAGCCCUGCUCUUACUAUCAGCACACAAGAAGAAGCUCCUUCAACCCCUGGUGCCCCCGGCAGUGUCCGUUUGACCCCAAGUGGCCCCACCUCCAUCACAGUGGAGUGGGAGACUCCCUCAACAGGUGGAGAUGUGGAGUAUUACGUCAUCUAUUACCAGGCUGAGAAUGAACCUACCAUGAGAGUACAAGUGAGUCCCAGUGACAUUCCCUACACCAUCAGGGACCUGCUGCCUGACACCCAGUACACCAUCUGGAUUGUGGCCUUCUCUACUGAAGGAAUGGGAGAGAGAAGCCCUGCUCUUUCUGUCAGCACUCAGGAAGUGGAGUGGGAGACUCCCUCAACAGGUGGAGAUGUGGAGUAUUACGUCAUCUAUUACCAGACGGAGGAUGAACCUGUGCUGACUGUUCAGCUGGACCAGACUACAAGGCAGUACACUAUCCAGGACCUCCUGCCUAACACACCUUACACUGUGUGGAUAGUGGCCUUCUCAGCAGAGGGGGAGGGCGAGAGAAGUUCUGUGUAUUAUGUUCAAACUGCAGCAGAAGCAGAGAUUCCUGGUGCACCUGGUAAUGUGCAGGUCACUCCUUUCAAUGCGACUGCCCUCACUGUGGAAUGGGAGGCACCAACUAGAGGCGGAGACUUCCAAGGCUACAGGAUCUAUUAUGAGGCUCCUGGAGACUCAACUCCUGGCUUUGUGGACACGCCUAGCUCAGUCACGUCCUUCCUCCUGACCGGCCUGCAGCCUGACACGACCUACAAUGUCUGGGUUCUAGCCUUCUCCCCUGCCGGGAUGAGCCAGAGAAGCUUGAUGAAAACACUAACCACCAUGCAGGUGGCACGAGGUCCUUCUGCCCCGGCCUUUAUUCGAGCCUCUCCCCUAGAUGGGACCUCUCUUGUAGUGGAAUGGGAGGCCUCUGAGAGUGACAAUGUACAAGGGUACAUCAUCUACUAUCAGGCCGAGACAGAGACUAGUCCAUCCAGUGUGGAGACAGACCCCACAACCCUUCAGUCCACCAUCAGAGGUCUGCAGCCAGACACCACCUACACUGUGUGGGUUGUCACCUACUCACCUGAUGGUACCAGUCCCAACAGCCCCACUGUUUCUAUACGGACACUGCAGGAAGGUGCAGGUUUGCCUGGUUCGCCUGAAGGGCUGAGAGUUCGUGCUGUGAACCCGACAACAGCCCUGCUGAGCUGGCAGGAACCAUCUAGUGGAGCAGACUUUGAUGGGUACAGGGUCUACUACCAGAGGGCAGAAGACCCAGAAUCAGUGACUACAUUGAACGUCCGCCUCAGCACCACUUCCUACAUCCUGGAAAACCUCCAGCCGGGACAGAAAUACCAGAUCUGGAUCGCAGCCUACUCCUCCAGGGGGAUCAGUGAAGUCACACAACGAAUUGACCUGAGAAUGCCACAAGGAUCGCUGCCUGGUGCCCCGUUGAAUGUCCGUGCUAGCUCAACAGAACCCACCAGUAUCGUGAUCCAGUGGGACUCACCGCGAUCCGGGGGUGAUGUGGAGCGCUACCAGAUUUAUUACAGGUCCUCAGAGGACUCCAGUGUUUCCCAGAUCCCUGUGGGUGGUGAUGAGCAGACCUGGACCAUCACAGGACUGCAAGCUGACCUGGACUACAUGGUGUGGAUAGAAGCUGUCAACUCAGCUGGCAGUGGACCCAGGACUGAUGUUCUAAAUGUACAGACUCCUUCAGAAGCCCCAGGUGAACCUGAGAACCUCCAGGUUGAAUCCACAGAACUCACAUCUGUAACCAUCACAUGGGAGGCACCAACAUCAGGGGGGGAGCUGGAGGGGUACAGGAUCUAUUAUCAGCGUGUAGGUGAUGAUGGCAUGAGGUCCCCAACACGUGUCAUCGGCCCUGAUGAACGUUCCUUUACCCUGACUGGUCUGGAAGAAGACACAGACUACAGGAUCUAUCUGGUGCCCUUCUCCUCAGACAGAGUGGGAACUAGCAGUCCUGUCCUGAGUGUACGCACGCAGUCGACACCAACUCCUCAGCCUCCAGGCGCACCACUGAGCAUCAGGGCUUCAGCUGUGGACUCCAGCUCUGUCCGAGUCACAUGGAGACACCCCACACGUGGGGGGGCAGCAGCCGGGUACAAGGUGCACUACCAGGUGGCUGGAGAGCCUGAAGCUGUUACUGUUGAAGUGCGACCCACGGAUCGUGCCCUGAUGUUGUCUGGACUGCGCCCAUCGACCAGCUAUGACAUCUGGAUGACUGCUUUCUCCUCAGCUGGCAGCAGUCCACGGACACCCUCCGUCAUGGUUCGAACACCCGAGAUGGCACCUCAAACCCCAGGAAGACCAAGAAGCAUCCGAGCAGAGACUGUGAAUCCCACGACUAUGCUUGUGCAGUGGCAAGAACCUGUCAGAGGGGCAGACUUGGUGGAAAGAUACAGGGUGUACUAUCAGGCCAGUCGAGCUCCUACGCCGUCCUUCCGUGUGGCACAAGCUAAUGAGAGGUCUUUAACCAUUCCGGGCAUGGCGAGUAGCACCACCUACAACAUCUGGGUGGUGGCGCUCUCUGCAGCAGGUGUCGGCCAACCAAGUCCAAGUCUCACACUGGCAACCCCAGAUGCAGUGCCGGAGGUUCCAGGCAGUCCUGAGGACAUUCAAGUCAGUUUGGAAGAUGACUCGUCCAUCCGAGUGGAAUGGCUGCCCCCUACAUCUGGUGGCGAGGUGUUAGGAUACCGAAUCAACUAUCAGGAGGCUGGAAAUGAAGAGGCCACCACUAUAGAAGUCAGGUCCAAUGUGUACUCUCAGGUCAUCCGUGAACUGAAGCCGGACACAGAGUAUUACAUCUGGGUGGUCGGCUUCUCUGCUGCCGGGGACGGACGUCGCAGUCAGAUCCUGUCUGUUACCAUGGAGUCAGAAGGUUCCACCCAGCUGGGCCCCCCUGCAGACCUGCAGGUGUCUCUGCUGGAUGAUGAGUCUGUGCUGCUGCAGUGGAGUGCACCUGAGGCAUCUGAUGGGAUCCUGGGAUACAGGCUGUAUUACCAGCCUGUAGGGUCUACAGAUGUCUCUAACCUGGAGGUUGGUCCUGAUGUCAGCUCCCACCCCAUCCGGGGGCUGGAGCCUGGAGUGGACUAUGUGGUGUGGAUCGUAGCCUUCACACAGGAGGGGGAGGGACUGCGCAGUGCAAAAAUGAAUGUACGGAUUGACAGACAAGUCAUUGGUGGCUCCACAUACCCAGGACAAGAGGACAGGAUCAAUAUCAUCCCAGGCGUGGUUGUCCGUGAACCCAGCUCUGGGUCCAGACCAGACCAGGAGGACCGGUAUGCCCUGUUAGGUCUGCCUGCUUCACCUGAAAACGUGCAGGUGGCUCGUGUGGAUGCCACCACCAUGCGGGUGCAGUGGAUGCCCCCCACCACAGGAGGACGGGUAGCUGGUUACAGAAUAUAUUACCAGGGUCCAGAUGAUGACGAGAGCCGGUCCAUAGAAACGCCUCCUUCUGCCCGGACUACAACAUCUGGGUCCUGGCCUUCUCACCCGCAGGCAUGGGGCCACAGAGUGACUCUUUCACCAUCAGGACUUACCCACAAGGUGAGGUACCCAGAGCCCCUGCUGAUGUACAGAUGGCAGUGGUGAACCCCUCCACAAUCAGGCUGAACUGGGAGCCUCCAACGGGACUGUCAGGACCCAUCCUGGGCUAUCGCAUCUUUUACAACCCCAUCCUCACUAACAUGUUGAACGUGCAAGAGGUGGGUCCAACUGUGACAGAGUACAGUCU